AUGUUGCCUCUCAUCUCUCGAUACAACAUGGAGAGCUUUUCGAAAUCGUGCAUCUGGCUUGUUGCAGCGGCGUUGUUGGCCGCUUGCGGUGAGAGUGCUGGCGUCGGAAACAAAAGGCCGUUUACGCCUACUGAUUCGAUUUUGGAUAUUAUCGAUACGGAACAAGUUGAAAGAGUUCUUGCGGCGCGAAGACGAACUGAAGAGGCUACGGCAUCAUCGACAUCCUAUGUGCAACGAAAUGAGCUCGGUGAAGGCAGCUCUGAAACUAUGAUAGUGUCCGUCCCUGAGCAGGAAGAUGCAACCGAAAUACCGAAAGGUGUCGCUUUCCGAAAUAUACUCAAGUCUUCAAGGAAUGCACUUGUUGUGACAAAAAAGGAAUACCUCAAAGAGGACUGGUGUAAAACAGAACAGUUAAUACAAAAAAUCCGGGAACCUGGAUGCGUGCAGGCGACAGUGAUUAACAAUUUCUGCUACGGACAGUGUAAUUCGUUUUAUAUUCCGAAAGGUCCGCGCCGUCGCGAAGGCAAUGACGAACGACCUCCACCUGCAUUCAAAUCGUGUUCCUUUUGCAAACCAAAAAAGUUCACCUGGAUCACUGUUACGCUCCGAUGCCCCGGACAGAACCCUCCCUUUAGGCGCAAGCGGCUACAAAAAAUCAAACAGUGCAAGUGUUUGCCGGUAGGCGUAAAC